UUGAGAGCCAUGUUCUUGUAAGUGCACCACAAUGAUAGGUGCUGGACCUCCCUGUAGGCCGUCUUAUCGUUGUUGCUGAUGAGGCCAAUCACUCGUCGUCUGCAAACUUCACAACGGCGUUAGAGCCAUGUACAGGUGUGCAGUCGUAGGUGAAGAGUGAGUAAAGGAGAGGGCUCAGCACACAUCCCUGUGGUAUGCCAGUGUUCAGGGUGAUGAUUGAGGAGGUGUGAUUAUCUAACCUAACAGACUGAGGUCUGUUGGUUUGGAAGUCCAGAAUCCAGUCACAGAGGGAGGUAUUGAUGCCCAGUUCAGAGUUUGGUGAUCAGUUUGGAGGGGAUGAUGGUGUUGAAUGCUGAACUAAAGUCAAUGAACAGCAUUCUUACAUAGGUUUUGCCAUUGUCAAGGUGGGACAGGGCAGAGUAAAGUGCCGUAGAGAUGGCAUCUUAUGUGCUCCUGUUCAGACGUUAGGCAAAUUGGAAGGGGUCCAGUGAAGGUGAUAAGCAGGUCUUUAGAUGGGCCAGGACCAGCCUCUUGAAGAACUUCAUUAUGAUUGCGCUAUAUAGGAGGCUGGAACAAAGUACGAGGAUGACAUCCACGGCAGAUCAGCUGGCCCAUCAGCAGGACAGGGAACAAGGCAUUGGCACAGACAAGAAAACAGUGAAGUUCUCCCAGCAGGAUUAUGAGACUCUGCGCCAGCAGUGUUUGAAGAGUGGACGCCUGUUUGAGGACAACUGCUUCCCAGCUGAGCCCACAUCACUGGGCUACAAUGAGCUGGGACCAAACUCAUCCAAAACCAAGGGGGUUGUUUGGAAAAGGCCAAAGGAGCUGUGCCCAAACCCAAAGUUCAUUGAUGAUGGAGCCACAAGGAUGGACAUUUGCCAAGGAGCUCUGGGUGACUGUUGGCUUAUGGCUGCAAUAGCCAGUCUGACUCUAGACCAGGACAUCCUGGCUUUUGUGGUGCCCCAGGAACAGAGUUUUACUGAAGGUUAUGCCGGGAUAUUUCACUUCCAGAUCUGGCAGUUUGGUGAGUGGGUGGAUGUGGUGAUCGAUGACCGUUUACCAACGAGAAAUGGAAAGCUGCUGUUCGUUCACUCAGCGGAGGGCUUAGAGUUUUGGAGCGCACUGCUGGAGAAGGCCUACGCCAAGUUGUAUGGCAGCUAUGAGGCCCUUUCAAGUGGAAACGUAAUUGAGGGCUUUGAGGAUUUCACAGGAGGGAUUGCAGAAGUAUACACCUUAGACAAAGCUCCACCGAAGCUCUUCCAACUCAUGCAGAAGGCCCUGAGCCUGGGUUCAUUGCUUGGUUGCUCUAUUGAUAAAAAGACCAAUGCCGAGACAGAGGCAGUUACAGAUCUCAAUCUUUUCAAGGGACAUGCAUACUCAGUCACUGGUGCAGAGGAGGUUCAUUUCCAAGGCGAGCCGGUUCAGCUGCUUCGCAUCAGGAACCCAUGGGGUAACAAGGAGUGGACUGGGCCUUGGAGUGAUGUGUCCAGUGAAUGGAACAAUAUCAGCAAAGAUGAGAAAUCAAAGUUGAACCAUGCGGCUGAUGAUGGAGAAUUCUGGAUGUCCUAUUCAGACUUCAUCAAGCAGUUCUCCAGGCUGCAGAUCUGUAACUUGACCCCAGACACGCUCAUGAGUGGUGAUGUGGCCCACUGGAAGUACUACCAGUUUGAAGGGACGUGGAAGGUGGGCUCUACUGCAGGUGGCUGCCGCAAUUUCUCAGCCACAUUCUCGUCCAACCCUCAGUUUGUGGUGCGCCUGGAGGAUGUGGAUGAUGAUCCCCUGGAUGGGAAGGAUGGAUGUACCUUUCUGGUUGGGCUCAUGCAAAAGGAUGGGCGACAGCAGAAGAGGCUCGGCCGCAAACUUGAGUGCAUUGGCUUUGACAUUUAUAAGGUCCCAGAUCAGUACAAAGGCCAAAGCAAUGUUCACCUGGGUCCAGAUGUCCUGCUGCGAAAGAGACCUGUGGCCACGACGUCCUUCGUUUCCACACGGGAAGUGUGCAAACGUUUUAAACUUCCUCCAGGAGAAUAUGUCAUUGUUCCCUCGACCUUCGAGCCUGACAAGAAUGGCAGCUUCCUUCUCAGGGUGUUCUCUGAGAAACAUGCUGCAGCCAGGUAUUGUGUUACAGUAACAUAGAGACUGAUUGAUGUCUGCAGGCUAAUGUAGACCUCAGAGCUUUGCUGUAAUACAG